AUGUUACCCCUCGGUCUACUCAACGCAGCCCAAGGGCACCCGAUGCUCGUGGAGCUGAAGAAUGGCGAGACACUGAACGGUCACCUCGUGAACUGCGACAACUGGAUGAAUCUGACUCUCAAAGAAGUCGUGCAAACAAGUCCCGAAGGCGACAAGUUUGUGCGGUUACCAGAAGUCUACGUCAAAGGCAAUAAUAUCAAAUACCUUCGGGUGCCCGACGAAAUUGUCGACAUUGUGAGCGAACAACAGAAGAACCAAUCCGGCGGUUUCCGAGGCGGCAGGGGAGGCGAGGUGGACGUGGUCGUGGUGGCGGCCGUGGGCGAGGACGAGGCGGCAGAGGGCAAUGAGCGACAUCAGAUGCUUGUGAACCAGUGCAUCGCCUUCUGUCCUCAACACAUCUAG